AUGCAGUCACUCGUUUGUAGCCUCCUGCUCCUCCUGCCCUUGGCGGGUACAGCCUUCGCGGCCCAUAAAGUCCAUGAACAUUCCCCACGCGAUACGACAUAUUGCUACACGCAGAUGUGGCCUACACAGGGGGCCUUGCAAUACACUCAAUGGUCUACCACGACCACUUGCACCAAGCAAAAGACCACGACAGUCACUACAACUUCAACCCCACUCACCGUCUCUACCACGACCUCUACCAUAACGACAACGUCAAUUGCUCCAUCGACAACAGACACGGCCACUAUCACUUCUGUCCAAACAAACACCAAAACAGAUACUUCGACUUCAGCGUCCACUUCGACCGUUUCUACAAGCGUGACAGUGUCCUUGGCAUUCACGCCCAUUGGUGAAUCGCUUCCAGGAGCAUCAUAUGACCCAUCUGCCGUCUACGCACGGAAGAAACGCGACCUCGACGCGAACGCCAACUUCCGCGGCUCCCACUAUUCGAAGCACCAUCGUCAUCCCCAGCACCAUCGUCAUCGCCAGCAUGGUUGGCCAGGCCCAGUACACUGUUGGCAUCAUGCUGGCGUGUGCGUCACAUCGACGUCGACCGCAACGUCGAUAGUCAUUGCGCCCACCUCCACCCAACUUAAACGUGCGACCACCACUUCUACAUUUAUUACCACUCCAGGAGUGAACACAACAACGACACUCGUCAUUCCCACAACGAGCACCACGACGACAACCGUAACUUCUAUUUCGACGACCACAACGACCUCUACCUCGACUACCGUCCCGAUUGCCCCCUCCGCCGCGUGUGAGACUGCGGCAUACUCGAACUACGCCAACUAUGUAGCCGGUGGGAAGGGUAUCGUGGGCCUGGCUCCCAGUAAUCUGAAUACCACGUCAGUAGAAUCGCCGGCGAACGGCUCGGCCUUCGAGUGCUGUGAAGCGGCCUUGGCGCAUCCUUUGGCGUCAGUAUGGGCCUGGUCGCCUCCAGAAGGAGAGGAGAGUCCUGCCACGUGCUAUAUUUAUCAGUUGACAUCGUGCACUGCUGGACAGGCCUCCAGCUUAGGCAAUGUCGCACAGUACUUCGAGGAUGGUGGCAAUCCAGAUUACGUGCUAGGAAAUGCCGCUUGUGGAGAGAGGUGGUUAGCCAGACUCAUCGCCAUGCCCGGCGGAAGGGGAGGGCUAGAAGAAUGGCUUGUCAGGCGGAGUGCGCAGGCGGCACGAGGAACAAUAUUGCUUUAUGCCGAGGGGUCAACAACGGCACUGGCCCUCCUGUUGGAAGCGUACGAUGGUGUUGAGAACGCGAAUUGUGGACGUGUUGAGGAUGCCGUUGCGUCGGAAUCCGAGAAGGCUAGAGAAAGUCUCGCGACAAUCAAAGAUAUUGAGGGAGUCUGA